UCGCAGCGCACAGUUUCGAAAUAUACUCCGCGCGGAUACAGCUAACGGUAAACGGUAGUAUUUUCGUUUUAUUUUCACUAUGUUCCUGUGGCGUUUGGGAUUAUUAUUUUUUCUCAGCAUAAUUGUUGUCUCCACAAAUCAGUCAUGGCUGAAACCGGGCUGCCACAAAGUGGGUAAUACGCGCAUCAUAUCCAUACCGGAGUGUGUGGAGUUUCGUAUUACCACCAAUGCUUGUCGUGGAUUCUGCGAGUCGUACGCUGUGCCGUCCAUACCGUUUGGUCAGGCUAUACCGGGCAUAUUUAAGCCGGUCAAACCGGUCGUUUCGGUGGGUCAGUGCUGUAACAUAAUGGCGGCGGAGGAAGUGCAAAAGCGCGUACUUUGCAUGGGCGGCAUGCGUAACAUAACCUUCAAAUCGGCAGUAUCCUGUUCCUGUUAUCAUUGUAAGAAGAAUUAGUGUGCUAUUGAAGAAUGUUGGCGUAAUUUGUGUUGAAUUUGUAUGGGCUACGAAACACCUGAGCUGCACGAGUUUGUUAUGUGAUCUUUUAUAUGUAUAAAAACAGUUUUUAAUAUGCUCUGAGCCGUGCAUAGUUAAUUAUUCAAUAUAUAUACAUACAUAUAUACGUACCUACAAUAUUUUUAUAUUUUAUCUGAAUUGUUGUUGC